AAGCGAAACCAAUCAAAUGAAAUGAAAAAGAGAAAAGUUAUUGUAAGGUUGAUGUUCUAGUUUUGUUGUUUGUUGCUAUUAUGCUAUUGACUUGAAUUGCAGUGUUACGAUUUAGUUCUAAAUCCGUAUAAUUAAUAAAUUCGGGCCGAUGUGUGCUGAAUCAUUUGAUAAUUCUCAGAAUGGGGUUUGAAAUAAAAAGGUUUCAAGGUGACGUUGAUGAGGAGCUGAUUUGUCCUAUUUGUUCGGGGGUUCUCGAGGAUCCUUUGCAGGCACCAGCCUGCGAGCACGCCUUUUGUCGCGCGUGUAUCACAGAGUGGAUCAGCCGUCAGCCGACUUGUCCGGUAGACCGCCAGGCGGUCACAGCAAGCCAGUUGCGACCAGUUCCGCGGAUACUACGUAACCUGCUGUCCAGGUUGUGCACAAGUUGCGACAAUGCCCCUCAUGGUUGCAACUCUGUGCUAAAGCUGGACUCCCUGGCAUCUCACUUAGUUGAAUGUGAAUAUAACCCUAAACGACCAAUGCCAUGCGAGGCCGGCUGUGGCCUCGUGAUACCGAAGGACGAGCUGCAGGAGCACAACUGCGUGCGGGAGCUGCGAGCACUCAUCACCACGCAGCAGGGCAAGCUCACCGACUUCCAACAGGAGUUAGCGGAGCAAAGACUGGUCAUCAAUGAGCAUAAGAGGGAACUCGCGCUUUUAAAGGAGUUCAUGCGCGCUAUGCGCGUGUCGAACCCGGCCAUGCGGGUGCUGGCGGACCAGAUGGAGCAGGAGGAGGUGCUGCGCUGGGCCAACUCGCUGGCGCGCGCGCGCGUCACGCGCUGGGGCGGCAUGAUCUCCACGCCCGACGACGUGCUACAGAUGAUGAUAAAGCGAAGCCUGUCGGAGUCGGGCUGCCCGCCGCACAUCAUCGACGAGCUCAUGGAGAACUGCCACGAGCGCCGCUGGCCGCCCGGCCUGUGUUCGCUGGAGACCCGCCAGAACAAUAGAAGAUUAUACGAGAAAUACGUAUGCAAGCGUGUGCCCGGCAAGCAGGCCGUGCUGGUGCUGCAGUGCGACAACGCGCACGUGGACGACCACAUGAUGGUCGAGCCCGGCCUCGUCAUGAUCUUCGCGCACGGCAUCGAGUAACGUGACCACAAGCUCAACCCAAUGUCGAUGGCACACUAAGGCUCUAUGAGGUUUCAUAUUCAAAUACGCCCUCUAUAUAAUAUGUGCCAUCUACGAAGCGGCCCAUUGUGUCUGUGUCCGUUCUAGGGACGGCAGGCGACGUACGGGAAGAUAGCAGUGGGGCGCGUCUUCCUAGAUGUUACUACCUACGAACAGGUGUCGUCGUAUUUUAUCGGAAACGUUCGUAUUUGUUAUGCUACUUCAGUCAACCUCAGUACUUUUUGUACUGUACUGUACUUUGUACUGUAAAUAGCAUAACACGUUCGUGCGUUUCCGUGAAAACACGAUGGUGAAGGAUUAUUCACUACAUCUGUAUAUACGGUACUGGUGGUGCUGAUUCGUAUGACCUUUUUCUUGACAUGUAGAAUAAAAUUGUCUCAAAAAGAGUCCAUGGAAAUGAAGUGGACGCCCGCCCCGCCAUUGAUAGACUGUGCCACUACAGUGAGUGCGUGAUCUACAUUCGCAGUGUUCGCAGUGAUGCUAGGUUUGCGGACUUUGGUUCUUUGUUAUAAUCUUAUAAUUAUAGAUGAAUCGUUCUCAUUAUUCGAGUGCGAUACGCCUCUAACUAUGGUGCGAUGCAAGCAUAAGGGGCAAAACUAGUGUUGUUUCGAUGUUCAUGUAACAUCCUAUCAGUUCUAGAAUUAUUUUAAACUCAUCGGUCGAAAUACUAGUCUCUACUGCUCUAACCUAAAUUUAAUAGUUAUUUUAAAACUUAACCGAACAAUGAGAGCAACCAUUAUCUAUUUGAGUUUUAAAAUACAACAUAAUUCUGACUGCAUCCAAACAAGAAUAUAGUAUUUUUAAAAAUUUUGGCAUUAUCGCGAGACAUCCUGCUUAUAAAGUGGAAAAAGGUAAAUUAGUAUAAUUCUCGCGACAAUGUCUUUGGUUUUCAAGAUUUCGAACAUCUCAGAGAUCUCAAAUAUAUGAAUGUGGAUGUAAGAAAUUUUGCGCUAAAAUAAAACUAUGUUUUAACUAGCACAGAGUUUAUAUGAUUUUUGAACGCUGAUAACUGAUUAGCAUAGCCAAUGAUUGUAAUAUUUACAAAAGUUGCAAAGUAUUGUUUAUAAGUGAGAAAAUUUUAAUUAAGAGUGGUAACAUUCCUAAAUUAAUUUGUAUUUUAUUUUAUGAGUUGCCUGUUUUUGAUAUAUAAUUGCCAAUUAAAUAUUAUUUGAAUAAGGAUUAUUACAAAUAUCAGUGAUUGUGUGCUGUGUUAUGUUUUUUAUAGUGCGUAAUGCUUAUAAUACUGCAGGGCUGCAGGGGUAUUAUUUACUCAGAAUUAUUUAUGGUCAUGCAUUUUUCUUGUUUUCCACAAAAUCACGAAGUAAGAAGUUUUAUUUUUAUUUUUGUCCAUAAUUUUGUUUUCGUAUUUUUAGUUGAAUCGGCAACAAAUUGCAAUCAUAAUUUUCGUAACUUUGUUUAGGUUAAUGAGUUUAGUAUUAAAUGUAAUCGAUUAAUUUUUAGA